UCACGUGAGCAAAAUGAGAAAGGAGGAGGUCUAAAAGAGUGCAGCCUAUGUUUUUUUAAUAGGUAGAUAUUCGUUGAAGACAUGCUUUUAGUGAAAUUUGACUCCAAAUACAUUGACUAAUGUGUCAGAUAUCACCCUGUGUUUUUUUUCAUCUUUUAUAACAGCGCGUGAAGAGAAGCUGGGGAAAAAGUGCCGCAAACUCCACUGAAACUAGCAAAAAUGACUUCCGCUGACAUGGAUGUGAAGAAAUAUCUGUCUCGCAUUGGGUUUUCUGGCCCAGCUGAGCCAACCCUGGACGUGCUCUGGUCGCUCCACCUCCGCCACCAGCUGUCGGUGCCAUUUGAAAACCUGACGAUACACAGCGGCGGAAAGAUUCAACUGGACCUCCCUGUUAUGUAUGACAAGAUAGUGAACCAACGAAGAGGGGGGUUUUGUUUUGAGAAUAACGGCCUCUUCUACUGGCUGCUGUGCCAACUGGGCUUCCAGGUGACACUGCUCUCAGGUCAGGUGAAGAGCCCCGUUACAGGUUAUUAUAGUCCACCUUUUAGCCAUAUGGUCAUCAUGGUGAGCCUGGAAGGGAAACGCUGGCUGUGUGAUGUAGGGUACGGCACUGGCUUCCCUUUCCCCUUAUCACUGGAAACCAGUGACCCACAGGAGCAGGGCCACCGGGCGUACAGGAUCAGACAAGUUGAGGGCAUGCACUUCCUGGAGGUGCAGCGGUAUGUAUACAAAAAGCCACGUGGAGACUGGUCAGAGGUUUACAAAUUCACCCUGGAACCAAGGCACAUGGAGGACUAUGAAGAGAUGUGCCAGUACCACCAGACCUCUCCCCACUCUCUCUUCUUCUGCAAGUCCCUCUGCAUCAUCAUUAGACCGGCAGGAAGGCUCAUCUACAUCGGCCGCCGACUGAUCAGCACCACAUAUUCAAAUGAAGAGAAUGGGAUUGUAAAGACUACCAGACAACUAAAAGAUGAAGAGAUCCCAGAUGUUUUAGCAAAGGAGUUUGGAGUUGUACUAAAUGCUCCACUCAUACCAAAGGAUGAUGAUAUCACCCCACCACCUGUCAUGUACUGACAGGCCUGCCCACAGAGAAGGCUGGGCCCCUGAAAGUUUCAGUAAAUGGGUCCUCCACAAUACCUUUAACAAUAUCAACAGAUGCACAAUUGAUCUGUAAAGUAAGCACUAGCCCCCUGGUCAACAUUUUCCUCCUGGACCUGGCUCCAGUCAGCUCUUAAGUGGACUAAAAUAACUUGUUGCAAGUCUUAUCAUGGCUACACACUCAGCUAGCUAGCUAGCUAGAUAUCUUGUUAAUCCUGGGGAAAAGUCAGGGUGUCCAGUAGCAGCUUAUAGACCCCCACCCAUAUCAACCAAAUAGUAGUAAUAGAUGAAUUAGUGCAAAAAUGCAUAGGAGGUGAGGCAUUUUACCAAAAAGAAACUAUUUACAGUACUUGAGUUACAGUGAGUAAAUGGAUAAUUUACAGCAUUUCAGUACGGUAGACAGAUUAGAUCAGUAAUUAUUAUAGUAAAUAAAUCAAAUUAGUAAUUAGUACCAUUGAUAGAUUAAGUUAGUAAUGAGUAUGGUUAAAAGAUUUAUUAGUGCAAAUAUGCAUAUGAGGUGAGGUAUUUUACAGCAGCGAUGUUCUUACAGUAUUUGACUGGCAGUGAAUAGAUUCAUAACUUGCAGGAUUUGAGCAUGAUUUAUAUAUGAAAUUAAUAAAGUAAAAAGAUUAAAGUAGCAUUUAGUAUGGUAAAAAGAGUAAUGACUGUAAUGUGUGUAUGAGAUGAGGCAUUUUACCACAGAGCCCUCUCUCAGUAUUUGAGUUACAGUGAAUAAAUUAAUUAUUUACAGCAUUUGUGAAUGGAAAAUAGAUCAAAUUAGUAAUUAGGACAGUUUAUAGAUAAAAUUAGUAUGUAAAUAGAUUAAUUUUUGCAAAUGUGCAUAUGAGGGGAGGCUUUUACCACAGUGAGCAACUCAUAGUAUUUGAGAUACAGUAAAGCAGUAAAAGACUGUGCAUUAUAUUUUACAUUGAGCUGGGCUAAGGUGCUUGUUAAAUGUUGUUAAUGUUAAUAUAAAAAAUAAAAGCUCAAACUGUUUAAAGAAUAGGUCAUUUAAAUUUUAAAACAGGCAACUAUUGGAUGUGUAUUUUUGGUUGCCUUUAGAGUAAUAUCGGUAUUUUUGUUUAAAAUAAAAGGUAAUCGUUGAAAUUUAGGAUGGACCCUGUUUUUGCUAACCUCAAAGGGCCCCUGUAAAGAUGUGUUGGUUAAUAUAAAUGUUGUUUCAGGUUUUGUAAAUUCGUUUUAUGACAUGUAAAAAUGUUUUGGUCAUUGUUAAUUUGUUUCAAGCUUUGUAAAAGUGUGUCAGACUUUGUAAUUUUGUAUUGCACUUCCAGGCUACUGUACUUUGGACUUUAAACUUCACUUUUUACAUGUAAGGAGAUGAAAACCUGUGUAAUUUAUUCACAUUUCUAAUUUCUACCAUUUAAUGCCUUUUAAUUGUCUUUUCCAAGUGCUGAGCUUAACUUUAAUUAUUAAAAAAAGACUAGGAAUGCACAUAUCCUACCUGUAUUGUGUAUGGGUGCCAAUACCAAACCUAAAUGUUCAGAUCCAUAAACACUGCAGAUACUGUACUCUGUAUCAUUUUCAGACUUUAUUUAAAUUAAUUUGAAAUUAAUUUGAAAUUACAAUGUAAGCCUUUCAUUCUGUUAGUAUGUAGUCAAAGCUGGAAACAUAUCUGGUGCUAUUUGAACAUAGGUGAACACGAAAAAGGAGUGAAUAAAAACAAUGCAUUAAUAAAUUGUCAAGAGGAGGGAUGAAGAAUAUCUGAUGAAAAUAUGAUGAACUUUCAAAGUCACCUUAAGAACGGUCAUGGUAUUAGUAAAUACUUAUAUUUGUACUCUGUAUCUGUGAGUACCCCAAUGUAAGGACUUUUACUUGGUCUGUAAAACUGUGAUAUCAGUGCACCCCUAAA